AUGCAGCAACAAGCAGCGCGCUUCGGUAUCUACUUCAACUCCUCCCAGAACCAGGUGGUGCGGAUCAAUUCGCCGUACUGGUUCCCGCCGGAACCGGAAUGGCAGAAGGUGACCGGCGAGGUGAACGCCACCCUGCUGGACCUGCGGCGGAUGAUCGGGGAGCAGGGCCUGUCUGCGGAUUCCGACGGAGUGACCUGGACCACCCUGCCGCUGUUGGACGAAGACAACUAG